GAACCGAAGCCAAGGUGUGUUGUUUGUGAUCUUCCCUGCAAAUAGAAGAAAUGAACGUGGCGUAUGCUCCGGCUUUCUUCCCGGCGAAUAGAACCAGAGGCAGCACUUUCAAAUUUAGUAAGCCGUUUAGUAUAUACUUCAAUGCUACCGGAAAUUUAUCUAUUCAGAGAAAUUUUGUGUGCUCUGCUGCAACUCUAGCUACUGAGAACACCACUCAGGUAUCGGAAUUUGAAAUAGAGAAGAAGAAGCAUGAUGUUUUAAGUGCUGUGCAAGAUACACAAAGAGGAUCGGUUGCCACUGCUGAUCAACGCUCUAUUAUUGAGGAGGCUCUGGUCAGUUUGGAGGGAUACAACAUCGGUACGCCAAUUGAUUUGGUGAAGUUGGAUGGGACAUGGCGUCUGCAAUAUACUUCUGCCCCUGAUGUUCUUGUUCUUCUGGAAUCCUCUGCUAGGCUUCCUUUCUUGCAGGUUGGGCAGAUCUUUCAGAAAUUUGAAUGUCGGGAUCAGUCAAAUGGAGGCAUCAUCCGCAAUGUUGUACGAUGGAGUAUUCCAGCAUUGUUUGAGGAACAGGACGGUGUUACUCUCCUGGUAUCUGCGAAAUUUGACAUUGUUUCUGCACGUAACAUCUAUCUGCAGUUUGAAGAGAUAAGUAUUCAAAAUGUUAAAAUCAGCGAACAGGUGCAAGCUCUAAUAGCUCCAGCAUUAUUGCCACGCUCAUUCUUGAGUCUACAGAUCUUGCAGUUCAUCCGCACGUUCAAAGCACAAAUUCCUGUAAGAAACCCAGGAAAUUCAGGAAGGCGAGCAGUUGGAGGACUCUAUUAUCUUUCUUAUCUCGAUAAUAACAUGCUUCUAGGGCGUGCUGUUGGAGGUGGUGGAGUCUUUGUGUUUACUAAAGCACAGUCUCUCGACUUAUAAGGAACGAGCUUUGUUUAUUUUACCGCCUACUACUACUAUACUCUGCACUACAUAUAGAACUCGGUAUACAAGGCAACAAUAAAACUGAAGGGUUCAGAUUGGAGUUCAAACUAAUCAAGCAAGAAGAUAAAAUCCAAUCGCUGCAUUCCGGCUCUGCAUUUCUCGAGUAACUUAUAAAUGUGGUGGAUUUCAACAUUUACAAAUUCUGUAUAAAGUGAAAUGUAAUGGCUUCAAGAUGCUGCCGGAUGUACUAUAUUGCAGAAGAUCUCGAAAUAUUGCUCGGAUAUCUCAAAAUUGUCUAAAUCAAACAAACAUGUAAACAGUAAGAGAUGUAUCUUAUACCUUUUUUCUUUUCCCAUAUAA